AUGGAUUGUAACGAUAAUUCGUGUAAAAUUGAUUAUGAUAAUAUUGAAGAUGUCUUUUCUGGUGAUGAUGAAAGUAAUAAAAUUAUUUGUUUUGAAGAUUGGGAAACUGAAGAUGGUAGUUAUUAUAACAUUGAAAAUAAUGAUCCUAUUGAAAAAUAUGUUAAUUGUGCUAAUUUUGAAUGUGGUGGUUUAGAUUGUAUAAGGAUUCGAAAAGUAAUGAGGGAAGAAAAUUUAGGUGUUUGUUUAGAUAGUGUUAAUAAUAAAAUAGAAAAAAUGAAAAUGGGUGAAAUUCGUUUUAAUAAAAGUAUAUUGUUGAAAUUAGUUAAAGAAAAAUAUGAUUUAGUAGAUAGAGUUAAUGAAAUUCAAGGUGAUGAAAUGUGGGAAGAAAUUGAAGAAAUACGAACAGCGAAAAUAAAAAUGAUUGUUGAAAUAAUGCAAAAGAUGCCAACGAAACAUAAGUGA